AUGUCCAAGUUGGACAGAUUUUUAGUUGCUGCAGAAUGGGUAGAGGCUUUCCCUUUGGUUUUUGUCAAAUCUUUGGUGCGACUUUCGUCUGACCAUCUCCCUUUACUCCUUUCGAUGGGAAAAAGUAGGGGUGGUCUUAAACCUUUUCGGUUUGAGUUAUGUUGGUUGGAAAAGCUAGAGGUGUUGGAACUUAUUAGAAGGAUAUGGUGUAACACAGUGGUGAUUGGAUCAAUGGACUUCCAAAUACACAAAAAGUUAGUGAAUAUCAAGCAUAAAUUAUUGGAAUGGAGGAUUGUGGCAAAAAUAGAGACUCUGGACCGCAAUAUUCAGGAAAAUGGUAUCUUGACGAACCAACUGGUUUGUGAGCGUCAUGAGAAGCUGAAGGAGUUGGAGGAGGCAAGAAGAGUUGAGGAAAUAUAUUGGAAGCAUAGAUCUAGGAACAAAUGGCUUAAUGAAGGGGACCGUAAUACAAAAUUCUUCAAUGCAAUUGCUACUACAAGAAGAAGACAAAAUGAUAUUUCGGGUCUUUCAAUACCUGAAAUUGAUUCGGAUGAUAAGGAGGCAAUGGAAGAAGGUGUUGUUACACAUUUCAAGGCUGCUUUCACAAAGGAAGUGGUUCUCACAUCGAAUUUUGAUAGUGUUUCCUUCAAGAAAUUGGAUUUGAGUCAACAAGUUGCUUUAGAAAAGGAUAUUAUUAUUGAAGAACUACAAAUUGCAAUUUUUGCAUUGCCUGGUGACAAAGCCCUUGGAUCAUACGGUUUUCCUUUAGUAUUCUUCCAUCGAUUCUGGAAUUUGGUGAAGGAUGACUUAUUGGAGUUAGUGAAAGAGUUUUUAUCAGAGAUAAACUUUUUACAGUUAUAA